GUAUGCGUCUUCUCCCAUAAGUUUGGGCAGGAGGCCCUCCGCUCUUGGAUGGCACGAACCCGGGCCUUACUUGGUUCCAUCCUCAACAAAUAAAAACAGCGUGUGCGUCCAGUCGCGCCCCCGUGAUAACCGUUUUAGCAAUGUGCCAAUGACGAUAUUUCGAAACGUGACGUCGCGGACUAGCUGCACGCGGCGGAGCCGUGAAGCUUUGUCGCUGCUACUUGCGGCGCUUCUCCUCCUCCCCCAGAAUAGUCACGGGCGCCUGGUCGCUGCAGCGCUGCUUAGAGGCGGCAGUGAGCAUGGGGCAUUCGAUGCGACCACAAGCCGCCACGUGGCAGGCUCGCCAGUGCACGAUGCCGCAGCAGCCGCUACGCCGCUGCCGCAGCGUCACCAGCACCACGCCGUGCCCACACUUGCCAACAUACCUUUCGAGGACGCAGUGUGGUUUGAAGAACUGGAUGAGUACGACCAGCAUGUGGUGCAGCUGCUGAUGCAGGAGCAUGCGAAGGCUGUAGCAACAGGCGGCGGCGAGGCUGUAGCAGCUGGAGACGCUGCAGCGGCUGCGGCUGCUGCUGCUCAGCUGCAGCAGUCGCUGCAGUCCCUUACGGUCUGCGGCAUGCCGCACCACUGGGACUACGGCGCGGAUGCAGACGAGGUCGAUGAGGAGCUGUGCUGGGGGCUGGACGCCGUGGCACUGGAGGAGCCGCCGCCACCGCCGCCACCCUCGUCAGCACAGCAGCUACUGCCGCCGGAGCACGCCUUGGUGCAGGAUCAGGUGCAAGGUGCUACAGCCGAUGGUGACGCGCAAUCGGCUGGUAGAGCGGAUGGCAGCACGGGCGCGACCGUUGCGGCUGCAGGGCCCUCAGCACAGCCGCCACGGCGGCGACACUGGAGGUGCGGGGUGGAGGAUGAGGCCUGCUGGGCGGCGGCAGUAGCAGCCUCAGCGCCCGCAGGGACCCAGGGCUACAGCCACCGCCGAGUGCUGGAGCACGUGCUGCUACAGCCCGUCAUGCGUUAUGUGCCUAGCCGUCCGGAUGGCCGCAGCGGCAGUAGCCAGAACGACUUGCUGGCUGCGGAUGAGUCGGAAAACCUUACGACGGGCGAACCAGACAGCAGGCACGUUGCGCCGUUGCCAUGGUGUGGCGGUGCACGCGCUAGGAGCGCUCCCGGGGUAGCAGCAGCAGUAGCUCCUGACGCCCUCCGCCAGCGGGAUGCCUUUGCCCGGACAGCUGUGCAGUUCACGCCGGUGCAGUUGGUGCCAGCUACGAAUGCGUCCGCAGCACAUGCAACUGAGCCCAGUGAGGGCCGCGUCAGCGUGGAGCCCGUGAACCUGGAUGGUGUUGCUGCCGGGGGUGCAGACUACGAUGUGGGAAGCGGCCGAGUGCUGCUGCAAGUUACCAUUGGACUGGCCGGGCGCGGCGCGCGUAACUUGCCCAUCUCCGUCAUUGUGCCCAUCCAGGACUUUGGGUUUGACUGCUCCACGCUGAGCGGUCUGGACGCCUGCGCCGAGCCGCAGUGCCUGAACUUCUUCAGUCUGGUGCGCAGCGCCAACAACUCCGUUAGUUGCCAGCAGGUGGCGCCCAUUCCCCCGCCCGGCUCGGUUGCGGCGGCUGCCGCCGCCGCCGCCACCACAAUCGUGGUGCCGUACACAUACGACCUGCUGUUUCAGUUCGGCAACAGCCCCGUGCUCGCUGGGCUGUCGCUGGGGGCGCAGUCGUUGGACAACCUGCGCUUCACCACCAUGAUAAACCAGUUCCCCUCCGUGACACGAGACAACACCAACACCGCGCGCGUGGCCACAGCCGGGGGCUCCUUCCAAGCCUACGAGGGAGUGCUGCAGCGGCAGCGCACGUCCGGCAACACAGGGGGAUUCGAUACCGCUGAGCCACUGACCUUCACCGUGGGUCUCAAUCUGGGCACCACCGCUGACACAUACAUCAACCGCCUGUCGCUGCCUGGCUACUCGGCAUCAGAGCGAGGCGUCACGGCGGCAGGCUCGGCGGGCGCCGCAGCUGUGGGCGGCGCCAGUGACACACGCCCAAGCGUGGCCUUCGGCCUGUCGUCUGUAAUUCUUGGCGGUUGAAGUUUAGCCCUUGCAUUGGGGGUGGCCAUUUGCUAUGCUGGCGUCCUUGGAGUUUGCCGACCUCCCCUGGUGCGACAGGCAGGCGGAUUGGGGGUCCUGGGUGUGCCAUGUAGCGCAUGAGGCACAU